GCUUGUCCAGCGCUGAUCUCAGUCCCCAUUUUAACUUUGCAAUUAACGAGCACACCAAAAGCCAAAUAGGAAAAAACUGAAAAUAACCCAAAUCCCAAUUCAAACAAACUUACAAAAGCCAUGAAUAAAAUGUGCUUUAAACAGAACAAAAAAUAUGACAUUUUUAUGAGCAGAGAAAAAAAGAAGAAGAAUAGGGACAAAACCAAAAGUAAAAAAUAAACAUUGUAAUAAUUAGAUUAGAGGGAGUCUGGAAGAAUAGAGAACAACAAAAAGGUUUCAGUGUGAGUGUGUGUGUGAGUGGAAGAAGUGGAAGUGGGGGGGUCAGAUAUUGUUAUUAGUGGUAGUUCAUUUGUUUGUUUUUGUUUCCAUGAUGUUGAUGACAUGAGCUUAAGAGUCUUUAUUAGUUUGGAAUCUCCUGUGCGUGGGUCUAUAGCAACAGCAAUUUGCGGUCCUUCGUCUCUGCUCUGAUUUUGGAAUGUAAAAAAAAACAAAGUUCUAAUGAACUGCUGAGGAAAAUCUUUGUUUUAGUCAGACUGAGAGUGAAAAAAAGGCUGAACUAUGUUUGUUUCAAGGAACAUAUAGUAUAAUUGGUUUAGUUUAAAUUAAGGUUGGAGAAAUAGGAAGGCAAGAAGGAGAAGUAUAUUCCAGGGUAUAAGUGAUUGAGACUUAGAAGUUUAAUCAUGUCAGUAGCAUUACUAUGGGUUGUCACCCCAAAUGUAGAGCUAUCCAAUUGCUUUGGUUUCUUCGAUUCAGUCCGAGAUGGAAACUGGCUUUUAGGGUCAUCAAGAUUUAUAUCCCGAGAUUGGGGAUCGAUUAGAGCAAAGAAGAGUAGGAAACAGAAAUGGAGGUCUUGCUCUCUUAGUACAGAUUUGAAGUAUUCAUGUGUUGGUGAGUCGGGCUUAGAGAGCGGAAACAACUUCCGUGUAUUAUCAAGCAUGGUAGCCAACACUGCAGGAGAAAUGACAAUCUCAUCAGAACAGAAGGUUUAUGAUGUGGUGCUGAAGCAGGCAGCCCUGGUUAAGAAGCAAUUGAGGUCUAGUGUGGAUCUUGAUGUGAGACCGGAUAUUGUACUUCCCGGAAAUCUGAGCUUGUUGAGUGAAGCUUAUGAUCGUUGUGGAGAAAUCUGCGCAGAGUACGCAAAAACGUUUUACCUGGGAACUCUGCUAAUGACCCCUGAAAGGCGAAGGGCUAUCUGGGCAAUAUAUGUGUGGUGUAGGAGGACAGAUGAGCUUGUUGAUGGACCUAAUGCUUCACACAUCACACCAACAGCUUUAGAUAGAUGGGAGUCACGGUUGGAAGAUCUUUUUCAAGGUCACCCAUUUGAUAUGCUUGAUGCUGCUUUAUCAGAUACAGUUGCCAAAUUCCCUGUUGAUAUCCAGCCAUUCAAAGAUAUGAUUGAAGGAAUGAGAAUGGACCUAAGGAAGUCAAGAUACAAAAAUUUUGAUGAUCUUUAUCUCUAUUGUUAUUAUGUUGCUGGGACCGUUGGAUUAAUGAGUGUUCCGGUUAUGGGCAUUGCACCUGAGUCACAAGCAACGACAGAGAGUGUAUAUAAUGCUGCCUUGGCAUUAGGGAUUGCAAAUCAGCUAACCAACAUACUCAGGGACGUUGGAGAAGAUGCUACAAGAGGAAGAAUUUAUCUACCACAGGAUGAGCUUGCUCAGGCAGGGCUUUCAGAUGAGGACAUAUUUGCUGGAAAGGUGACAGACAAAUGGAGAAACUUCAUGAAGAAUCAAAUAAAGAGGGCAAGGAUGUUCUUUGACGUUGCAGAGAAAGGGGUGAAAGAGCUGAGUGCAGCUAGUAGAUGGCCGGUAUGGGCGUCCUUGCUAUUGUACAGCCAAAUAUUGGAUGAGAUUGAAGCUAAUGACUACAACAACUUCACCAAGAGGGCUUAUGUAAGCAAAGGCAAGAAGUUGCUUGCUUUGCCGAUUGCAUAUACAAGAGCUCUCAUCCCACCAUCAACGACACUGUCUCUGUUGACUAAGGCAUGAAUUAAUCUUGAACAUUGUAUAAAAUUCUACUACUUUGUUAUACAUGGAAAAAUAUUGUAAAAAAAAUUGUAUAUUAUGAAAUCUUAUAUUUGCAGCUAGUGUC